AUGUCUUCUUAUCGGAGCACUCCCAUCAACUACACACCAAUAACGUCCCUUUUGACAGAAGCUAACGAUCGCAACAAUAUUUCAAAAGAUGGCAAAAUCAUACUGUCCGAAGAAGAAUAUAUGUCGUAUGCUGAUUAUAUUAUUAAACGAGAUUAUUAUCCUGAUUUAUUAGCAAUGGUUGGAACGGAUCGGGAAUUAAAUUGCUCACUUGAUGAGUUUUUGAGAAAAUACACCAGUGAAUAUAAUGCAUCGUUUGAUGAAAUUAUGGAAAAGUGGAAAAUUAAAAACAAAACUAUUAUUGAGAAAAUUUAUGAAAAGAAUGCAAAAUGUAAUGUGAGCAGAGUAAUUCUACCUGCUCUUACUCAUGACAAUAAUGAAAUGAAGGCAAUCACAAAUGAAAGCUCUUCACUGUUAAUGUUAGAGUCCAAAGUUGGAUCAAGUAGUGAUAAUACUCAACUGAUUACCUACGCCAAAUCACAAGAUCAUGCAAAAUUUAAAUUAGAUGAGGACUAUGACAUUGAAAAAUACAAAAAUAAUUUGAUGUUUUAUCCAUCUGGAAUUUCAAAACUUGAAGCGACCAAUGCAAUAACAUCAGAAUCUAUUAUCAAACACUCUGGGACGAGAAUUUCUGAUACAGUGGUGAAAAAGAAUGAUAGUCUCACCAAAUCGCAAAGCACAAUUAAGCAAUAUGAUUUAGAUAAUGCCACAGAAGAUCCUCAGCAAACUUUGGAAAAUAUUAAUAGAGAGUUAAAUAGCUCUAGAGGUGAAACUCCUUCGAUCAAUGGGGUACAACUAGAAACAACUCCCAUCAUUCAUCCAACAGAAUCUACUGAAAUAAUGACAUGGGGUACCAUCGAAUCAUCUCCAUUUAGAGUACCAGAAACACCAAAACGAGAAAUUCUUUCACAACAACUUGCAUCGAAAGCAAGCAAAAACAUUAGACUGCGAGAAACUUCGACACCAAAUCAAACUUACUCUUACAAUAGAACUCCUUCACGAUCAUUUCAAAGUCCUUCCAUGAGUCCACGUACUCCAUCUUCCCCGUUGACCAUGAAGCAACAAUUUAAUUCGCUUUCUAAUGCUGCUCAACAGCUCGCAAGACGACAUUUAAAAACAGCCAGCUCAAAACCAUUGUCAAGUUCCUCUUUUAAUUCACCCCUUAAUGAUUUGGAGAUUUCUUCGAAAAAGCGAAAGACAGAACAUCCUGAAACUGAGUGA